AUGCGCGUUUGCGGCUUGCCUGUGCUCUCGGCCGCCUCGCUGAGCGAGACCGAGCGCGGUGCUGGUGGCGCCGACACUGCGGAUCCGUCGAGCACUGCGACGGCUGCUGAACCAAUGAGAGUCGGCAGCGCUGCCUCUGCGGCUGGUGCGCCUGCACAAACCACGCCAAGCGACUGCAAACUGGGCGCAAACUUGUCUGGCAAUGCUCUGGGCGAGGAUGUCAAUGAGGAAACCACUCGAGGCCUUCAGCUUGAUCCUGCCACGACGGCUCGCACCGCAAACGUGGGUCCUGCACCUCCUCGCGGUGCUGACAUCUCUGUCCUGCGCCAUAUUGACGCCAAUAACUUUCAUUUCAACAUGCUCAACGAGGCGGGCGCAGCUGCGGCGCAGACUCCCAACGAGGGCGAGGCGUCUGCCACUGAGCUAGACGCGAGUGAGGAGGAGGAGGAGGAGGCCGUUAGGCGGCGGCUGCGGGUUGAGGGGCUGAGCAUCGGCGCCAGCGGCGGACAGCACGCCAACGCCAUCCUCUCCCACGCCACCUACCUCCUCGGCAUUGUCCACAUGCAGAGCCGAGGCGGGCGCCCGCCGCCGCCUCGAUGCACUGUCCAGCCGGCCAAGUGCACCGUAAAGGAGAACUCGACCGGUGUGCCCGCCGAGCAGCUGCUCUUUGCACGGUUCCACAGCGAUGCGUCGGCGGUGCUGCGACUCCUCCUCGGUGUGUGA